UUGCUGAGACCCUCAGUCCAUUGGAUUGUGAGACAGGCUUAUACAAGUAAAGAUGACAGAGCCAUUAUUCACAGUGCUGUUCGGCAGACGUUCCCAUUCCUGGUAACGUUCACCAAAAACACAGAGCUCCUAGUUAAACCAAGCCUGGAUUACCAAGAACUUUCUCAACUUACAUCUGAAGAGGAAGCGGACAAAUUCUUUACAUUUUUUAGAUGCAAAAGUCAAAAACUCUACAUUUACGUUUCAACCAGAUGUGAGUAAAGAACACAGGACAUCUGUACAUCAUUUCAUCAGCAGGAAAUUUGGGAAGUUAGUAGAAACCAAGUCGUUUUCAGAGAAAGACAAUGAUGGAGUGCAAAGUGUCUUCAUAACUGUGAGGUUCAGAGAGAAAAAGAGCUCCUCCAGGAAGAGGUCGUGCACAGAUGAACACUCUGAAAUAUUUACAGCAUUUACCCUUGAGAAGGAGAACUUGGAAACACUAGAGGCUAUCAGCUACCUGUCAUCUUUGCUUGGUGUGCUUCCAUCAGACUUCAGUUAUGCAGGAAUUAAAGAUAAGAAAGCCGUUACUUAUCAGUCUAUGGUUGUCAAGAAAGUGACUCCAGAGAGAAUGCAGAAAAUUGGAAGGACGCUUGAAAUAAAGGGUAUAAAAAUACAUAAUGUACGACCUGCAAAGUGUCAUAUACACCUUGGACAGCUUUCUGGCAACCAUUUUACACUAAUUUUGAGAAAUGUUAGAAAUCACAGCAGUGACACCUUUAAAUUGGAUCAGAGCAUUGAAGAUGCAGUGCGCAACGUCAAGGUGAGUGGAUUUCUAAACUAUUACGGACCUCAAAGAUUUGGAAAAGGCAAGAACAUGCAAUCACAGGAAGUUGGAUUAGCCUUGCUAAAAGAAGAAAUGGCACUGGCAGUAAAGUUAUUCUUCACACCAGAGGACUGUGAUGAUCCAGCAAACAAAGCAAAAAGAUACUUUUUUGAGUCAGGGGAUGCUAAAGGUGCUCUUGCAUUGAUGCCUGACUUUAAAGUAAGAGAAAGGAUGAUGCUGCGGGCUUUAAAUAGAUACGGAAUGAGUGAUGAGGGAUAUAUUCGAUGCUGGCUCAGUAUUCCACAUUCAAUGCGAAUCUUCUACAUCCAUGCCUUUUGCAGCAAAGUCUGGAAUGAAGCAGCAUCUUACCGAAUUGCUACAUAUGGUUUACGAGUUGUGGAAGGAGACUUGGUAUUACGCUAUCAGGAUGAGAAUCAGAAAUCUUUACUAGGAGAUAGAGUUCAUACUGUCACAGCCACGGAGGAGGCAGACAAUGUAUAUUUAAUUAACCAGGUAGUUCUUCCCAUGCCAGGACACAGUAUUAAG